GCCCCCUCGAGUCACGUGAUUCAGCAGUGGGCCAGCUACAGUAAUUGGUGUUACAAAACCAUUAGUUGAGUUGCUACUAUUCUGUUUUGCAAAUAGUUAAGCUGCUUGUAACAGCUGAAGCUGUAUGGAAGAUAGGGGUCCAGUAGAUGAAAAUCCAUUCAUUGUUUUGAGCGUCUUGUACUGAUUUGUAUGAGAAGCUGGAGGUUAACGUGGAGGGAUAUAGUAUCAGUGCUGCUGAGCGCAUCUAGCACGUUGACCUAUUCGAUGCUUAUUUUCUGGUGCAACCUGUCAGUAUUUUAAAGUGCAGAGCGCAUCUUGGUCAGUAGGCGACUUUCAGUUUCUGACCGGCAGUUAAGGAUAGCGACGGUAGAAUAUCCCGGUAGUACAUCUUCUGUGAAUUUGGGGGUGGUCCAAGGCUGAAAAGGCUCGAGUUUAGUGUCUCAGGACAUCGGCCAAACAUCACAAGCCCAUACCUGUCAGACUCCCCAUUUGUCUUUUGCUAUGGGUUUGCUAUCCCAGGGCUCGCCUCUGUCUUGGGAAGAAACUAAACAAUAUGCUGACCAUGUAAGGAAACACGGCAUCCAGCAGUUUCUCAACAUCUACAACAAAGUAAAGGACAGGCAAAAGGAUGUGUUGAAAUGGGGCGACGAGGUGGAAUACAUGCUACUAUCCUUUGAUCACAAGAAGCAGAAAGUGCAGCUUCUGCUUAAUGGAAGUGAAAUACUCCAAACUCUUCAGGACAGAGGGGAGCAUAUAAACCCAAACCAUCCAACACUAUGGAGACCAGAGUAUGGCAGCUAUAUGAUUGAAGGUACACCUGGACAGCCUUAUGGAGGAAUGAUGUCUGAUUUUAACACAGUGGAAGAUAACAUGGGGAAACGUCGUCAGGAAGUCUCUCUUAUACUAAAAGAAAAUCAGUCCUUAGCUUCUAUAACUUCAUUCCCAAGGUUAGGAUGUCCUGGUUUUACACUACCCGAGUAUGAACCUACCCCUGUGGAUGAACGAGCAUCAAAGUCUCUCUUCUUUCCAGACGAGGCGAUAAACCAUCAUCCAAGAUUUAGCACUUUGACAAGGAAUAUUCGCCACCGUAGGGGUGAAAAAGUUGUCAUCAAUGUACCUAUAUUUAGUGAUAAGAACACACCCUCGCCAUUUGUGGAAACAUUCCAAAAUGAUGACGGAGAAGCAACAAGAGCAGCUAAACCUGAUCAUAUUUAUAUGGACGCCAUGGGGUUUGGGAUGGGCAACUGCUGUCUUCAGGUAACAUUCCAGGCUUGCAGCAUUUCUGAAGCCAGGUGCCUUUAUGACCAGUUAGCUACAAUUUGCCCGAUUGUGAUGGCCUUAAGUGCUGCAUCUCCAUUUUACAGAGGGUACGUAUCUAAUAUAGAUUGUCGGUGGGGAGUUAUUGCUGCUUCUGUCGAUGAUCGUACUAGAGAAGAAAGGGGCUUAGAGCCUUUAAAGAACAACAAAUACAGAAUCAGUAAAUCCAGAUACGAUUCCAUUGACAGUUAUUUGUCUAAAUGUGGAGAGAAAUAUAGUGACCUUCCUUUAACUAUAGAUAAAGACAUAUAUUCUUUGCUAAUUAAAGAAGGUAUUGAUCAUCUGUUGGCACAGCAUAUCGCUCACCUUUUUAUUCGGGACCCAUUGACACUUUAUGAAGAGAAGAUACACCUAGAUGACACUAAAGAAUCUGACCACUUUGAGAAUAUUCAGUCUACAAACUGGCAGACUAUGAGGUUUAAGCCACCACCCCCAAAUUCUGACAUUGGAUGGAGGGUAGAGUUUCGACCAAUGGAGGUUGAUGAGAAUUUAAAAGUCGCCCAGAAGCGAGAUGCAGUGCGUCAGGGGAUGUUUUACUUCAGAAAAGAUAUUUACAGAGCUGGCAGUCCAGUAGUAGAUGGCUGCUGCACCACAGCUCAGAAUGGCAUUGAGACAGAUGCAGAAGAAUAUACUUUGAUGAGCAUCGACGCAAUUAUUAAUGGAAAGGAAGGGGUUUUCCCUGGUUUAAUCCCAACCUUGAACAAUUAUCUUGCUAAUAUGGAAGUAGACGUGGACACAAGGUGUACCAUCUUAAACUACCUAAAGCUAAUAAAAAAACGUGCUUCAGGAGAAUUGAUGACUAUGGCACGUUGGAUGAGAGAAUAUGUUGCACAGCAUCCUGACUACAAGCAGGACAGUGUAAUCACUGAAAAAAUUAAUUAUGACCUUCUUACAAAAUGUGAUCAAAUAUCAAAGGGUUUCUGUAAAUGCCCGGAGCUGAUUGGCGAACCAGUUACAUCAAAAACAUCAGCAAAACGUCCACAGGAAUAAGGCAUGACUAGCAGUCAGGCUACCUCUUAACAAAUACGUCAAAUGUUAAUAGUAUGUCGCUGUUUGCUGUAGAUGUCUCAAGCCUUUGCAUGUUAUUAAAAUAAAUAAAUAAUAUUAAGUUAGUUCCAGAACUCUGAAUAUGCUCAUUUGUUUUAAUUUCUUUUAUUGUUAAAUAAUAUUUCUAUGUGUAUAUAAGCUAAUAUUUUUAUGAUUAACAGUGUAUUUUUAAUAACAAUGUAUCUAAAAUGUGACAAUAUGUGUACAUAAUUUUAUAUUCAGAUAUUAAGGAAUGUUUACCAUUGAGUAGUGAGGAAGUCCUUGUUCUUUUGGUAAAGUCGCUUAUUCCUGAAACGUUUACUGUAUACAGUACUUGAUUUCUCAAGUGCUUUUGGUAAUUAAUGCACUGUACUUUUCUUGUAAUUAAUGCCUGUCAGUUGUGGAUUCCAUUUAACAUAGUGCUACAAGACAUUAUUUUUACAAUUUCUAAACUGUACCUGGAACUAAUUGUACAAGUAUUUAAACACUGUAGUGACAUAGCAGUAACACUGAAUAAACUACAGUGCUAAUGAUAAUAACACUGCAAUUUAGCCUUGUUUAAAAGCCUGCAGUUUCUAAAAUGUACAUUGCAGUUUUUGGCCAUGUCAAAAAUUGAUGCAGUGUUUGCAGUGUAUGGAAUGACUGUAUUAGAAUAAAAGGUAAAAAACUUGAAAA